CUUCUAACGAAUAUAACCAAAAACAAACAAAGAGCACCCACUUCCUGACCCAAAAAACGAAACAGAUACACAGAAGAGAGAGAAGGGAGAGGGGGAGGGGAGAGAGCUUUUAAAUUUUCGGAAUGGAGAAACACUCGUAUAAUUCCUAUCCAGACUCGGCAGAUUCAUCACCGCGUUCUCGCGAGAUCGAUUUUGAUACUCCUCCACCAUGGGAGGAACAGUCACAGCAGCAGCAGCAGCAGCAAUCACAGAACUACAAGGCUAAGUUUAUGUGCAGUUAUGGUGGUAAGAUCCAGCCUCGUCCACAUGAUAACCAGCUUGCCUACGUCGGCGGCGAGACUAAGAUUCUUGCCGUUGACCGAUCGAUUAAGCUCCCCGUCAUGAUCUCCAAGCUCGCUUCUCUCUGCGGUGACCCUGAUGUCUCCUUCAAGUACCAGCUUCCCGGCGAGGACCUCGACGCUUUGAUCUCUGUCACCAACGAAGACGAUCUCGAGCACUUGAUGCAUGAAUAUGAUCGUCUCUACCGUGCUUCCGCCAAGCCUGCCAGGAUGCGCCUCUUUCUCUUCCCUGUUUCUUCCACAGGUAGCUUCGGAUCCGAGGGCUCCAGAUCCGAGCGGGACCGGUUCGUUGAGGCUUUGAAUUUAGGUCCUGCACAAGCUAUAGCUGAAAAGCCAGCCGUCAGCAAUCCGCAUAAUGUUGACUUCUUGUUUGGAUUGGAGAAAGGAAUGGUGCCGCCUCCUGUGAAAGUUCGUGACUCGAUUCCAGAGCCGGUAGCCACGCCGCCCCCUGCUCCCCUGCCUCAGCCGGAGGUACCAGUCGGUUUAGCGCCUGAUGAUCGCGUCAUCGGAUCGGAUCACGGUUUGAAUCCGGUGGAGAUUCAGAGGCAGUUGCAUGAAUUACAGAGGCUGCAGAUUAGGGAGCAAGAACAGCAGAUCAUGUACGGGAGAAAGGUUGAUGACAAUUUAGUGGGAGGACCUUACGCCGAAGCCGGAGGAUACUACGCUCAGAAGUUGCCGGAGAAAUCGUCACCGGUAGCAUUACCAGUAAACAUUCAACAGCACCUGCAGCACUCGGCUGGAUUCUGGACAGACAAGCAAAUUCCUGCGGGAGGUUUCCCGGCGACGAUGACUGGAGCACCAGGACCACCGGAGCAGCAGGUUUUCAUGAUACCAGGUCCAGCUCCGGGAACCGUCUACCACGCACCAGCACCGGCGGCAAUGGUGCGACCUGUUACCGCGCCAGCUGGUCAAGGCUACUACCCCAACAUGCAGAGAAUGGCAGCUGAUGUAUACAGGGAGCAACAAGUAUACAACAUAGUGGCGCAGCAACCAACGCAGACACAGACAGCUCCGCCUCUAUCAGCGGCGGGGCAACAUACUGUUCAGGGGCAGGUUCCGAUGGGGAUGGUGCGGCAAGCUGGUGGGAGCGGCGGCGCAGUAGGCGUGACAGAUGGUGGGUACGCGGCUAUGGCGUACGAGGGUGGAGUUGGGAGACAGGUGUACUACACCGCAGGAGGGGGUGUUGUGGUAUCGCCCCAGUACCAGGGAGUUGGUACGGCCGUUACGGGUGAAAUGAGACCGGUGGGUGGAGGCUUGAGUCAAGAGACGAAAGUGGUGGCCAAAGUUUCUCAGGCUUCAGUUUGAGUGUUGAAAAAAGUCAAGGUAUAUGAAUAUAUUAUAUAUUAUAUAGUUUAUAUCCCAUAUUUACCUACAAAUAUAUAUAUUUGUUAUAAUUGAAUUUUGUAAGUUUUGAAGUUUUAAUUUCUUGUGAAUUUUACUUGUUCGUUCUCCGUACACUGUGCUGGUGGAAAUGAAACGAAUUUAUGAUUGAAUUAA